UUUUUUUUUUCAUCGUUUUGCUGGUUUUCGAAUCCCGGUAUCUCUAUCAUUUCAAUUUUUUAAUAAUAUUUUAUAUCUAUCAUUAUGACAUUAUAUCGAUCAUCUUAUACCUUUUAUAUGAUGAUGAUCAUGAUUUCCAUUUAUAUAUGGUAUAUGAUUAUACUACCAUUUGAACUUCAGACAUUGCACACUAUAGCCACGUUUUCUUGGCAAUGGUGGGGUAGACCUUCAGAACCUCCUCCAAGACGUUUUGGCUAUUUUUUACACAUCACCGAUAUGCAUAUCGACGAAUCGUAUUUGCCUGGGGCAACAGUGGACUCCGAUUGCCAUCGAUUACCAUCACCAUCACAAAGAUCGUCAUCAUCAUCAAUUACAUUAUCUGGAAAAUUAGGAACACCAGGAGAGCAUUGUGAUAGUCCAAUUGAAUUGGCUCAACAAACUUUAAAUUGGCUCAAAAAAGAAUGGAAACAUAAACUUGAUUUUGUUGUAUGGACUGGUGAUAAUGCAAGACAUGACUGGGAUAAGAAACACAAGCGCAAAAGGAAACAUAUUUAUAAAUUGAAUGAAAAGAUACAAGAUAUGAUGGUAGAAACAUUUUGGCCAACACCUGAUGAUCCAAGACAUAUACCAUUAGUACCAUCCAUCGGCAACAAUGACGUUCAUCCACAUAACUAUAUCGGUGGUGAUGAUGAUCAUGGUAUUUUAUCUUUUUAUUCUCAACUUUGGCAUAACUGGAUACCACAAGAUCAACAAGCUACUUUCCAAGCAGGAGGUUAUUUCGCUGUCGAUGUAGGACGUCAUCUACGGAUCAUCUCUCUCAAUACCAUGUAUUUUUAUUCAAAAAAUGACGCUGUACGUGGUUGCCAUAAACCGGGACUUGCACAUAAACAUAUGGAAUGGUUUGAACAACAAUUAGUAAAAGCAAGAAGUGAAUCCGUCAAGGUCUAUGUCAUGGGACACGUGCCUCCUUCUCCUCGUGAUUAUCGUCGUAGUUGCUUUGAGGAUUAUACUCGUAUAUCUGCUGCCUUCCCAGAUGUAUUGAAAGGUCAUUUUUAUGGACAUUUAAAUAUGGAUCAUUUUUUAUUAUUUGAUGGAAGGGAAACACAAAUGAUGUCAAGUUCUACCAAUAUUUCUUCUUCUUUUUUGGAUCGGUUAACUGAAUAUGAAUCAGAUGAUGAUGAUGAUUUGCCUGUUGUGGACAAUGGUGAUGAUCAAGAUAUAUGCAUCAAUCGGAAUAUCAAUGCAUAUGUAGAUUGGCUGCGGGAUAUGUAUUCAUCCAUUGAUCCUCCUGAACAAGGUGAACAAGCUCCUGUUUUUACUCCAUUAGUGGCGAUUCAAGUUUCCCCUUCAGUGUUACCGGUGUAUUUACCUUCAUUUAGGAUCUAUCGCUAUGAAAUCAAUGACAAUGAUAAUGAUCAUGUCAUCCAUUCUGGUCAGAUGAUGAACAACAAUGAAGAAGAAAAUGGUUCUGCUCAGCCUCAUGGAACUUUAUUAGGGUAUCAACAAUAUUAUGCCAAUAUCACCAAAUGGGAAGAAGAUAAUCAUAAUAAUAGGAUGCCUUUGGAAUACCAAUUGGAAUAUGAUACCUAUGAAGCUUAUGGAUUGACGGAUUUAACAGUGGAAAGUUAUUAUCAACUUGCGAAAGAUAUGGUGGAUGAUGAUGAUGAACCAGAGAGUAAACAUCUGUGGUCAAAAUAUAUUCAAAACAUGUUCGUACAAACGUUGAAUGAGGAUUUAGAACCUAGCAUUUGAUUGAAAUAAAGCGGUGCC